UGGACACCACAUAAUACUAGUUAUGAGUGUGGAAUGUGCUGCGAUGGUGCACUUCAUCCUCGUUCAUGGGAUGUGCCAUGGAGCAUGGUGCUGGUACCAGCUCGCCACCUUGCUGCGGUCGGCCGGGCAUCGAGUCACGGCGCUCGAUCUCGCCGCCAGUGGGAUAAACCCCAAGCGUCUCGAUGAGCUCCGGCGAUUUGCCGACUACACGGAGCCACUAAUGGAGGUGAUGGCGUCGAUCCCAUUGGACGAGAAGGUGGCGCUCGUUGGCCACAGCCUCGGCGGAUUCAACCUCGCUCUUGCCAUGGAAAAAUUCCCUGAGAAGAUUGCAGUCGCUGUAUUUGCCUCUGCAUGGAUGCCGAGCAUCUCCACUCCCAUGUCUGUCUUCAUGCAGGAGUACUCAAGAAGAAAUCCACCCGGACCUAUGGAUUCCAAAAUUAUUGUCAGCGAAGAUCCUGAAAAUCCAUUUACUUCAUUUCUUUUCGGCCCCAAGUACAUGGCAACCACCAUGUAUCAGCUUAGCCCACCUAAGGAUCUAACACUGGCUACUAUGCUAGUGAGGCCUGGGAGGCAAUUCCUUGAUGAAAUAACAAGAGAAGACAUGAUCACAGAGAAGAACUAUGGAUCGGUGAGCCGAGUGUUUAUUGUGAGCAAGGAGGAUGGAUCAUUGAUGCCGGACUUCCAGUAUUGGAUGACGGAGAGAAGCCCAGGGGUGGAGGUGAAGGAGAUUGAAGGCGCCGAUCAUAUGGUCAUGCUUUCAAAAGCCAAGGAGCUCUGCAAUGUCCUCCUCGGGAUUGCGAAGAAAUAUUGAAUUUUAUGUGCACUUGGCUUGAUAAUAAAUAGAGAUGGAGUUUCUCCGCUUGCCAUUGGAGAAACUACAGAAAUAAACGAAUUCAUUCUGGUC